AUUAUUUAAAGGUGAUCCAUUAUUAGUCGGGAUGGAUCUCACCAUUGCAAGUUUCGAUGCGAUCUCAGAAGUCAAUAUGGAUUAUACGAUAACGAUGUACUUAAAUCAAUACUGGAAGGACGAGAGACUCGCUUUUUCGCAUGAGGACGAAGUCUUGACGUUAAGCGGUGAUUUCGCGGAAAAGAUUUGGGUCCCGGAUACGUUUUUCGCAAACGAUAAAAACAGCUUUCUGCAUGACGUCACCGAGCGCAACAAACUCGUCAGAUUAUCGGGUGACGGUUCGGUCACAUACGGCAUGAGAUUCACAACAACGUUAGCCUGCAUGAUGGAUCUGCAUUAUUAUCCUCUCGAUUCACAGAAUUGCACCGUCGAAAUCGAGAGUUAUGGCUAUACAGUUCUCGACGUAGUAAUGUACUGGAAAGAAACUCCCGUUCGCGGAGUCGAGGAAGCGGAAUUGCCACAAUUUACGAUAAUCGGCUACGAGACCAACGAUCGAAAGGAGAAGUUGGCAACAGGCAUCUAUCAGAGACUCUCGCUGAGCUUUAAAUUACAAAGGAACAUCGGUUAUUUCGUUUUUCAGACAUACCUGCCGAGUAUACUGAUCGUGAUGCUUAGCUGGGUCAGCUUCUGGAUCAAUCAUGAAGCUACUAGCGCAAGAGUAGCUCUCGGUAUUACGACUGUGUUAACAAUGACAACUAUAUCAACGGGUGUUAGAAGCUCACUGCCACGGAUUAGUUACGUGAAAGCCAUCGAUAUUUACUUGGUAAUGUGCUUCGUUUUCGUAUUUGCGGCUCUGUUGGAAUACGCAGCGGUCAAUUAUACAUAUUGGGGGGCCAGAGCAAAAAAAAAGACCAAGAAGAAAGAGACCGACGAGAAGAAAGUGCUCUCUUCUAAAAUCGGAAGCAAAGCCAGUUCGCCUUUUCCUGAUUCUACGAACGCGGAUAUCAUAGAGCUUCAGGAUCUCAGAAUGUCACCUCUGCCAAGCAUUAGAAAUAGGUCAGGCCUAGUCAGCGCUUCAUCGACGCCGGGAACUGGAAAGGAUCAUGACCCGGCCAAGUUUCCGCCGAGCUUUCGUAUUUCCAGGGUCGCAGCUUACAACACGCACACUCGAAAUAGCGGUCUUAGGUACAGGGGCCCGAGACCGCACAAACCAAAGGUAUUACACGCUCUACGUAGAGGAGCUUCCGUGUUGCGCGUAUCGAUGCCGAAGAUCAAGGAUGUGAAUAUGAUAGAUAAGUAUUCGCGAAUUAUUUUCCCAGUCAGUUUCAUGCUAUUCAAUGCCGUGUACUGGAUCUUCUAUUUUUUCUGAACGGCAAAUGUGUGGAUAUUAAAUCGAAUUCGACCACAUCUGUGUCAAAAAAGGACCAAUCGAUUCGAGUGGAUUCUUUCAAGUUUUCGAGCACGUCAAACGUCGAGCGAUGUGUAAUAUUUUUCGCGAGAAUAAAAAGAACCACCGAAUAUACAAACAGGUGAUGAAAGUACUGAAUCGAAAGUACUGCCAUGAAACACACUUAUUCGAUAAAAAUAAAACGUAUUUGCGAGAGACUUGUGUGUGUAUCAACAGCGUUUACGAGAUUUUUGUUAAUUAGAAAGCGUACAAUAUAGCGAGAUAAGCGAUACGGACGAGCGACAAUAUGUUCCUAAUGAAGCGUGAUAGCUAUGUCAUGUGCACGAUAUGAAAAAAACGUCAAUGAAUAAUAAUUUGGUAAUGAACGAGAAAAGUCGCAAUGAGAUCCAAAGAUAAAAUGCGUUAGAAUAAGAUAUUUGCGCCCGUGAUGAUAAAAGUGGUCUAAGUCAUAUCUUUUAUUUUAAAGAUAAAUAUAGGCUUUCUGUUUAUAUGUGUGCGUUUAUAUGUAUUUCUUUU